CUGCCACUUUGGGAAGAAAUUGCGGGCAGCGAGACGGCGGGCUUCGGGUCCGAUACGGGAGCCCAAACGAGCCAAUGAGAGGCCCCAUAAUUCUGCUCGAGUGGUGUACAGUAUCGUGGGACGCAGGCUGCAGAAUUACAGGGUGUCCUGUGAGCAUGCGUAUGACAACAGAGAAGACAUGUAGAGCAAAAGGCUGAGGCUCUGGGCUCCAACUUCCUCUCUGCACGUGACAAUUAGCUUACAGUCUGCUCUGAGAAGAUGACUUCUUCUACCCCGCCCUGCUCUCGCAGCUCUUCCCCCCAAAAGGUUUGCCACUCUCAGACCCAAACUGAUGUUCUGAAGCCGUUGCUGGGCGGCGGUUCUUCUGUUGGAGGCGGGACUCUGCGAAAGAGGAGGCGGAUCCUGUCCAAAGAUGGCCGAAGCAACAUGCGCAUCGAGCACGUCAGUGGGAGGAACGCUCUCUAUAUGCGUGACCUCUGGACAACUUUUCUUGAAAUGCCUUGGCGCUACAAGUUCUUCCUGUUUACAGCAACGUUCGCGGGGACCUGGUUUCUGUUUGGGGUUGUGUGGUACCUCGUUGCUUUGGUGCAUGGAGACCUGCUGGAGUUCGAUCCGCCGUCCAACCACACGCCCUGUGUGAUGCAGAUGCAGACCCUCACAGCAGCCUUCCUCUUCUCUCUGGAGUCCCAGACAACCAUCGGUUAUGGUUUCCGAUGCAUCACAGAGGAAUGCCCGGCUGCCAUCAUCCUCCUCAUCCUGCAGCUGGUCAUCACCAUGCUCCUGGAAAUCUUCAUCACCGGCACCUUCCUGGCCAAGAUUGCACGGCCAAAGAAGCGAAGUGAGACGGUGAAGUUUAGCCAGCAUGCUGUUGUAUCGACCCAUGAAGGCCAACCCUGCCUGAUGAUCCGGGUGGCCAACAUGCGCAAGAGUCUUCUUCUUGGAUGCCAGGUGACAGGGAAACUCCUGCAGACGUCCCUGACAAAGGAAGGUGAAACAGUCCGCAUGGACCAGAGGAACGUGCCCUUCCAGGUGGACACUUCCAGCGACAGCCCCUUCCUCAUCCUCCCCCUCACCUUCUACCACAUCAUCGAUGACAACAGCCCCCUGAGAGCCUGGGCCGCCAAGGGUGGUGGAUGGACAGAUCCAGAGUUGGCUGACUUUGAACUCUUGGUGAUCAUGAGUGCCACAAUAGAGCCGACCUCCGCCACCUGCCAGGUCCGCACCUCCUACCUGCCAGACGAGAUCCUCUGGGGUUACGAGUUCCCCCCCGUCGUCUCCCUCUCACAGUCUGGCAAAUACGUAGCAGACUUUUCCUUCUUUGACAAAGUGGCGAAGACCAAGACGACCCCCAUCUUCAAAUCGUCCAGUUUGCAACACGAGUACCAGAGCAACGGAGGCGGACCCGUGUCUGAGGUGACAGACCCGGAGAAGAUUCGUCUGGAGCAGAGCUACAGGGAGCAGCGAGGCGAAGACCGAGGCCGAGUCAGAGACGGCCCCACAAGCGUUCGCAUCAGCAACGUCUGAGCAGCUAAACUGGCUGAAAGUCAGACAUUUUGUAGCAGAACAACAUGAGAGUUUGUGAAACUUUUCACACAUGUAAGACAAAGAUUGUUUUCAUUUUUUAUCAAAAUGACUUAAGGCAAACACGGAUGGUACUGCGUUUUGUAAGGAAAUAUUUGCUAAAACUGCUGUGGUUUAUUCUCAUCUUGUCACUUAUGAUGGAAUAUCUAAAAAACUCUAUGCUAAAAGAGUCAAGUAAGGAAAAAAUUAAGUGUAAAUCGAACAUAAUUAAUCUCAGAUUAGACUGAAAGAUGUAAAAUCUAAAAAGUUCUACCUUCAUACUUUUUGCCAUUGUCUCACCAUCACAUUUUUCCUUGCAUACUUCGAGAUGAUCUGACUGUCCAGGACUGAAUGCUCAGAGCUCCAUAUCAUGUCCAUAGGUGCCUCCAAUUUGCUUAAAUUGUUUUCAUCUCAUUUAAUCAGAAAAUGUCUCCCUCCUCCCUACCAUGUCAGUCACUCCAAAUAUUCACUCACACAGUGAAUCUUUAUCAAAGCAGACAGAGUGUCUGCGUGGCAUAGCAUGAGAUAAAGUCAUAAUAUCGCCUCAUUGUUGGAACCUUUGAAACUGAAACAUUUUUAACGUAUAAUGUUUGUAUGAAAAAAGCUUUUCGAAGCUUUUUCCAUCUUUCUUGUGAUAAUUUUCUAUAUGAUCCAACUAAGAACUUAAGAGAGAAUUUGAAAAAAACCUGCAACAACCUGGAGGCAUGAGUGCUCAACCUUAAACUCUUUGUUGAAUCUCUGCUUGAUUCGUUUCUAACGUUCAGUUUUCUUUGGUAGGAGUUUAAUAUCAUCCAACUUCUUGACCUGGAAACAUUUCCCAUGCCCUCUGUGCUCACAGACUCACUGAUUUAUAAAAUUGAGUAGAACCUGGUUUUUCACACCGUGCAAAACUGUGAAGCUGGUCUUUGGCUGAUUUACUUGGAUGGUGAAAAAUAAAAUUCUUCUUUAUCGUCAGCUUUCUAUUAUAAUCCAUAGAUGUUUGGACUUUUAGUCUUAUUUAUGUUUCUGUUGCUUAUUUCUUUACUUCUAUUCUCCUUCUUGCCAUCUUAGUUGUUUAUCCCUUGUCUCAGAUCAGCUGCUUUAUUGUUUCUGUUUUGGAUUUCGUCAUGUUUCUUUCUGUCAGCUGAAGGUUUUGGGUGAAAUGUAGCAUGAGGAAAUGUUCAUGACUUUAACUACAGUCUAGUCUCAUAUCAUCUGAGGGAAAAGUAACUCUCAGAAUGAUUCGGUCACCAGCCUGUUUCACUUUGGUUGGUGUUCAUUUGCUGAUGAUCUGUGGUGGUUUUGUGCCAAACUUUCCAUCUGUAACUGUGGCUAAAAGUUCCAGUUUCUUCCCAUCAGACCAUAACGGGCUUUUAGACAGAACUUUUCUUUCGAAGGAAAUGUUUUUACCAUGCAGUUCUACCCAGGAAUAUGAAAAAUCCCUGACGUUGCUGUCACAUGUAGAUCAUAAUACUUCUGUGUUCUUGUUUUCCUGUGGCAUGACGCAUCUAUAAUAUUUCUCAUACAAUCCUCCUCACAAAGGCUUAUGAGUUUUUGCUUAACUGUUUAUCCAAGAAGCCUGAAUGUUUAAAUUGUUUUAAAAAGUGCCUAAAAGUUUCGAUUAAGGGUGUGCACAUGUCGGCAACUUUUUUAUUUUUUCUAUUUUCCUUUUUCAGUAGUGUAAGGUUUUGCUACAUCAAAGGG